UGCAGAAGGAGGACGAGGCCUGCGAAGGUCAGUGGGCCCGUGCUUGCGCUGCGCAAGUCACAGUUGGGCUCAGUUGCUGCUGCUGGUGAGUACGUCUCCCGCGCCUAGCUGAACAUCGUCUCCUGCGACAGAUGGUACGCCCCCCUGAGUCCCGAGCACAAGUAACAACUGUCGCGCAUCUUGGCCGAGUAUUGGAACAACAAACGAAUACUCACAGUUGUUUCACCAUAGGCUUCGGCAGCCACAACACUACUGAAGACUUCAGAGUCACCAACACUAAGAAGCGGCAGUGAGAGACGGCGAAAAUGUUGCGGCUGAAGCUGAGCGACGCUGCGCGGAUGCUGAAGAACAUGGUGAUGCUGGGCGUGUCGUUCAUGGUGCACUUCACGGCGGUGCUGGGCGCGACGCACCUGCAGAGUUCGAUCAACAAGGCGGGCGGCGUGGGCACGGCAGCGCUUGCCGCGCAGUACGCCGCGCUCGUCGCUUCCAGCCUCUUCCUCUCCGUCUUCCUCAUACGGCGCAUCGGCUGCAAGUGGACUAUGGCGGUGUGCAUCCUGUGCUACCUGCCGUACAUGGGCGCGCAGCUCUACCCCCGCACCUACACGCUGGUUCCCGCCGCUCUGCUGAUGGGCCUGGCGGCCGCGCCGCUGUGGAGCGCCAAGUGCACCUACCUGUGCGUCAUCGCAGACGUGUACAGCCGCGCCAGCGGCGCCAACCUCAAGACUGCUCGCGACCGCAUCAUCGGCUCCUUUUUCAUGAUAUUUCUCUUCUCCAUGGUAUGGGGAAAUCUCAUUUCGUCUCUGGUGUUAAAUUCUGGGACAAGCAGUGUGAGUGCUAACGUAUCAUCAGAGCUGCUUCAAUGCGGAGCAGACUAUUGUCCAGGAAGUGGCGAAACUGAAACCAAUCCAAAUCUGGCACGUCCAGAUGAAGACAAAAUAAGUAUUAUAAUGUAUAUAUACAUCGGCUGUAUAGUUCUCGCAGCGCUGACUAUUCUCCUUGGAAUUGAUCAACAUGAGAGGUACGAGCAGAAAAGCGUUUGGUCUCAGGUGACAGCAACCUUGAGACUUCAUGUUGAUCGGAAGAUGCUUCUGAUUUUACCUAUCUCCCUAUGGCUUGGAAUUGAUUAUGCUUUUGUUGAAGCUGAGUAUUCUGCAGCUUUCGUCGCGUGCGCGUGGGGUAUCUCCCAGAUUGGCUUCGUCAUCGUUGUGUAUGGCUUGCUGAACUCUGGGGGCGCGCUGGUCACAGGCUGGCUGAUGGAGAAGGUCGGCUCCCUGCUCCUGGUGUGCGUAGUGGGCGUGGCGCACUUGGCUGUAAUGAUUGCCAUGCUGCUUUGGAAGCCGGCCGCUUCGCACACGGCAGUCUACUUCAUCAUAGCGGGACUGCUCGGCGCAGCAGACGGACAUUGGGCUGUCCAAAUAAACGCACUGUACGCCAUAGUGUUCCCUGGCAACGAAGAUGCCGCUUACAGUAACUUCCGACUGUGGCAGUCCAUUGGGUUUGUGGUUGCCUUCUCCUACAGCCACUAUCUGUGCAUCGCAGCCAAAAUUUAUGUCAUUAUGGCCCUGCUCGUGGUUGGUGUGGCUGCAUGGAUGGGACUUGAGUUUUGUGUUCUGAGGAAAUCGAUUCUGCCCGGCAAAGUUUGAAAGGAAGCGAUGUUACAAGAUACAUCGCGGUGCAGUGUCUCUUGGCUAUCAGCCUGCUGCCCUUCUGGACAGCUGAUAGGUUCUGUGAACAGAAAUUUGUGACCUACAUUCUUGUUCCAGAAAUAAUCCGAUCCAUCUCAGAAAGAACAUUUGAAAUAAAAUUAGUAGAAAACUUGGGCAUUAUUUCUGAAAAUAAAAAUAAAGAUUCGUCCGUGUAGAUUCACAAACAGAUAA